UAACUUACUUCAGGGCAAAAUGUGCGUCCAAGGCUGUUUCAUUAUAUGUUAGUAGUGAUGUGGAACUUUUCAAUAGGGGAAAUAUGACGAAAGAAAAUUUGUUUAUUAAUAUAUUAUUUUUAAUUAUUGCAAUAAUAUUUAGUGCAAUAUCACAAUGUUCGUCUGCUUUAUCAGAUAAACGAUUAUGUUAUAACCCCGAUUGUUCUGAGCCUGUUUCGUUGGCUAGAACAACAAUUAAAUAUAUUCCAAAUGAGCCAGGUUUAUUAAAAUUUGACGUUAGUGUAAAAGUCACAGUUUAUAGUAAAGAAGCAGGCAACAGAACUGACUUAUGGGGUGUUGAGAUAAAUGGAAAACAUGGAUAUGUACCAAAACGUUUUCUAAAAGAAUAUAAAGUUAUACAUAAGGAUUUGCAGUAUGAAGUGCCUAUUAAUCAGUUGGCUAAUAAUAAUUUAGUAUCUAAGGAGAAGCUUCAGCCUAAGAAAGAUAAUAAUAAAUCUGUAUUUGAUACAAAAGAUAUUGAAGCUUCAAGUAGUAGACCUGAUAAUUUGGAUCUUAAAUCCACAGAAGAACUGCCACAGAAUGUGACUCCUCCCUAUGCAGUUAUAGAUGGGACUACAGUCCAUUUAGAUCCUAUGGUGCAUGAUGAACCUUCUGUGCGACCAGCUUCUGCAACAGGAGUUGUAGAAGCAACAAUAGUGCCAAAUAAACAAGAUGCAGUUGAUAGUUUAGAAGUAAAUUUCAAUAAAGAGAGAAAUGAAUCAGAUAUUUUUACAAAAGAUGCAAAGUUGCCACAAAAACUUUUGAACGAUGAAUUAAAAGUAAAAGAACAAAGUACUUCUGAUAACCUUAAUAUUAAGGAUUUUAUAACAAGCUCAGAAGAAAUAUUUAAUUUACCAGAUAACAUUGGAGUUGCACAUAUUCCAUCAGUAGAAGCAACUGAAAAUCUUAAAACUAAAGUAGAAAAUGAAGUAGAAAAUUUACAAAAUAGCUUACCUUCUACUGUGAAAGAUGCAUCUAUCUUGGACAGUAACACUGAUAUCAACAUUUCUCAAACACCUACAUUUGAUGACAUUAAAGAGGAAUUAAAAGAUAAAGCUGAAACAGCAAUUGAGGUAGAUAGAAAAGAUAAUGUUGAUACAAAUGAAACAAUUGCCAGUAAUGUACAUGUACAGAAUACAGAAAAUAUCGCGCUCGAAGGAAGAGAUCUCCAAACUUCAGAAAAUGUUACACUCUUAGAAACUGAUCAAAAUGAAUUAAAAGUAGAAAUUAAAAAUACUGAAGAUUUAAGUAAUGUAUCUUCUUUAACACUAGAAACAAAUGUUACAAGUGCAACAGAAAGAACAUUACUUACUGAAAAUGGUAAAGAUUCCGUGAAAAAUGCCACCGACAUCGAUAAAAUAGAUGCUAAAUUAUUAGAAAAUGAUAAAGAAUCAAAAGUAGAACAAAGUCAAUUAAAAGAAGAAAGCCGUAAAAUCGAGGACUCAAAUGAACAUAGCAAUGAACAUGUUGCACCUUUUUUCUUAGAAUCAGUUGUAAAAAGUACUGUGGAAUUAUUCUCUGAUGUUAAUAAAGAUGAGAUUAAAGAAGAAGAAGAAGAAAAUACUAAACCUGUUGAAACAUUAUCUAAUAUUGAAAAUACUAAAGCUGAAGUAACUCCUGAAGCAGCAACAGUCCCAUUUAAAUCUGAAUCUCAGGAUUCUGAUCUUAACUUUAAAGAAGAUACUAAUGCUACCACUAUUACUAACGAAGAAAAUGAUCAAGAAUUGAACAAAAAGCAAAAUACAUCAUAUGAAACUCAUCAUGAUAUGAAAGAAAUAAAUGAAAUAAUAAAUAAAAUAACAAAAGUAGAUGAUAAUUUGAAAGAUGUUACAAAUGCAAGUAAUUAUUCUGUGGAAACAGCUCAGCUGUUAAAUGAAAUACCUGAGACUAAACCAAAUCUGGAGUUAUCAGAACAACUACUGUAUCCUGCAGAGAAAGAUGUAAUUUCAGAAAAUGUGAUGAACAUUAAUCAAUUUCAUAACAGAAAUUUAUUAGAUGUUGAAACAGAUAAACAAUUUGAGAUUGAGAAUGAAGCAAAAAGUGAAAUUGACAAUACAAAGGAUAAUACUUUAGUAGAAGAUAAAAAUGACAAAAUCGUACACAAUGAAAUUUCACAUGAAAGUUUAAGUACUGUAGACACCCCAUUUGUAAUUGAAUCAAUAUCAGAAAAUAUACAUGAAAUUCAAGACAUUGUAAAAGUUCCCACUCCUGACGUUUGCACAGCCGAUAACGAUGCAUGUCCUCCUGAAGAUAACAUUCAAAAUGAUUACGCAAAUGAAAAAGAAACGUUUGAAAUUAAUGGAAAUGUUAUAAUAGAAGGAAUCAAGGUAGAACCCAGCUAUUGGUUAACUUUAAUGUAUCUAAGUGUAACUGCUACAGCGACACUUAUAUUCUCCCUGGGAUAUUAUUACAUUGAGAAUAUGAGAAGAGAUAGACAGUUAAUAGCUAAAGUUAAUAAACUUGAAAAAGAUUUACUUGUUGCAACAAAGGAAUGUACAAUGCUAAAUGAUGAAUUGAAAACGAUGAAGGAAGAGUUAACACAUACUAAAAAUGAUGAGCAUAAUUUAAGAGAAAAGGUACAUUCUUUAUGGAACGAUUUAGAGGCUUCAGAGAAAGCAAAAGCAGGACUGGAAGAUCAAAUUGUUAUUUUGGAGAAAGAUUUGGAAAGUGCUACUGAAGCUGGAUUAGAAUUAGAACGAAUGUUACGAGAAGUGCUUUCGUCAAAUAACGAAGUUAAUCCGUUAGCCCAAUCGGUUGAAGAUUUGCAAGCAAGGUUAAAUGCUCAGCAAGCUGCAAAUGAGUCUUUAACGAAUGCUCUUAAUCUUAAAAAUCAAGAGAAUGAGUCCUUAUCAAGAAAGCUCGCCUCUCUUAAAAAAGAAUAUGAAGAGGUUGAAGUUGAGCUCGCUCGGUUUACAGAAAAUUUGAAACUUGAAAAGGAAAGUAAGAAUAGCCUUGAACAAACACUGAUUGAUAAGGUAGAGCAAUUAGAAAUGCAAAUCAAGGAAAUUUCUACUGAAAAAACAACCUUACAGAAAAAAUUGAAAGGUAAAGAAGUAGAAACGAAAGAUCUACUGGAAGUUAUUAAUCGAUUGAAUUCCAAUAACUUGGAUUUGGAUAAGUUGUACGAUGUAUCCCAUAUUAAAGCAGAGGCAACAGCUUUAUUAGAAGAUAGAAAUGAAUUAAAAGUACGAUUAGUUGAAGUUGAAGGAGCACACCACUUGCUGGAAGAACAUAUGAAAGUUGUUAAAGAAGAGAUAACUACCUUGAGUGAACAAUGCAAGAUAGCGGAAAAAGAGAAGAAAGAUGCAGAAACGCGACUUGAAGUACUAACAAAGUUUUUUGAAGAAAAAGAAGCCCAAAGGCAAAAGGAAGAAGCUAUUUGGUUACAACAGCAAGGUGAAGUUGUAUCCACUGUAGAAAGAAUACAAACAAUGCAAAAUGAAAUACAAAAUUAUAAACAACAAAUAGAAAUGUUAAAACGAGAAAUACUGGAUCAGGAAAGGGAAUACAAAAAUCAGAUUUCUGUUCUUGAAACGAAAGCACACGAACAAUGGGUCAUAGCUCGACAAGUUGAACGUCGCUUAGAAGAGUCCAGAGUUGAAGCAGGUCAAUUGCGUAAUCGACUUACAUUAAUAGAAAAGAAUAUUAAUGAUGCAGAUUCAGAAGCAAAAUUACAUCGACUGGAAGCAAAUGGAGAGACAACAACGUCACCUCCAUUAUUCAUAGGAGCAGAAUCAUCCAGUUCUCCUAUAAUGUUUUCUGGUUCUUCAAAUGUUCCUCCUCCACCGCCGCCUUCUUAUCUGCAUUCACUUUUUCCACCAUAUUUACCGCCCCCGUUACCAAAUACAUCCGGAGUACCGCCCUAUGAAGUUAGCCAGCGACCAGCGCCCUUGGGCGGUCGGUUAUCUUCACCUCCACCUAUGCCUCUACAUCCUUCUGCUUCCAACAGGUACGACAAUGCAGGUUCUCCACCACCACCUAUGUCUCCACAUCUACUUCCACCUUUUAAUCAUAGAUCACCACCACCACCUCCAUUUGGUAGCGAUAUUCACCCACCUCUACCACCCCCUCCUGAUUCGAUAUUGCCUCCACCCCGUGGAACGCCGCGUUCGUGGGGGGACGAAUCACUGCCACAUCCACGCAAUUCUGGUUUUCACCCACCACGAGAGCGAAUACGAAAUCACAAAGGUUCCUUACAUUCUUCUGGAGAGUCUUUGGACAAGACACAUCAUAAUAGUAAAGUUUAAAUCUUUUAUUUUAUUAUGAAACAUCUUCACGCAUACAUCAUUUUUAGCAAGGAAAUACUCAUAAAAAAAAAAGAAAAAAAAAGAAAAAAAAA